AUGCUUACAGCGACUCUGUUCUCUCUCUUCCUCCUUGCUGGUGCACAGCCGCUGGCACAAAGUCUGACUGUCGAACCUGUCAAGGACUGCUCCGAGCUCCCAAAUUACAAUCCGAAAGCGAGGAUCGCCGGCCCGUGGACGAUCAACGUUGAUGGAUGCCGUAAUGGCACCUCGUCGCACUGCAGCAUCGAACGAUUUUCCACUAGCGCUGAUACAACACGCCAAUUUGGUGAUGAAGGCUUCCUCAACGGCCUGAUCACCAUAACAAGCCAAAAAGAAAAUAUCAAAACUCAACUACGCUGCAACGGCAACGAAGGAAUAAAUCAAAUCGAAGCUCACAUCCCCUACGGCUCAGGCGAUCUUGCCUGGCACCCUGUCGGCAUCAACCACCACCCAGCAACGGGUCGUCUCGUCUGGGGUCGGGAAUUCGAACCAGUGCAAUUUUACCGACACUCGGUGCAAGGUGCACGAGCUGAGGGAAUAUUCCUUGGCUCAAACGGUCAGACCCAGUGGUUUAUUCAUUCGUCUGGGCCGGAUGUCAGCUUUGUUGAUUACAAGCCGUAUUGGAUCCCCAGGCUUGUGAUCCCCGACAUGGUGAUGAACGCGCAGGAAUCGAAGGCUUUUAUGAGGAUUGACGGGAGCUGA